AUGGCACAGAACAUGACAUCACAAAUUAAUAACUUCUCAGUUCCAGUCUCUGAAUUCCUACUCAUCUGCUUCCCUAACUACCAGAGCUGGCAGCACUGGCUAUCCCUGCCCUUCAGCCUCCUCUUCCUUCUGGCCAUGGGGGCCAACGCCACCCUCCUGCUCACCAUCUGGCUGGAGGGCUCACUGCAUGAGCCCAUGUACUACCUUCUCAGUCUCCUCUCGCUGCUGGACAUUGUGCUAUGCCUCACUGUCAUCCCCAGGGUCCUGGCCAUCUUCUGGUUUGACAACAAAUCUAUCAGUUCCUCUGCCUGCUUCCUCCAGAUGUUCAUCAUGAAUAGCUUCCUGACUAUGGAAUCCUGCACCUUCAUGGUCAUGGCCUAUGACCGUUAUGUAGCCAUCUGCCACCCGCUGAGAUACUCAUCUAUCAUCACAAACCAAUUUGUAGUUAAGGCUGCCAUCUUUGUUGUGACCCGGAACGGCCUUCUCACUAUGCCUGUCCCCAUCCUUUCUUCCAGACUCAGAUACUGUGCAGACAACAUCAUCAAGAACUGCAUCUGCACUAACCUCUCUGUGUCGAAACUCUCUUGUGAUGACAUCACCUUCAAUCAGCUUUACCAGUUUGUAGUAGGAUGGACCCUACUGGGCUCUGACCUCAUCCUUAUUAUUUUCUCCUAUUCCUUUAUCCUGAGAGCUGUGCUAAGGAUCAAGGCAGAGGGAGCUAUGGCCAAAGCUCUGGGUACCUGUGGUUCCCACUUCAUCCUCAUCCUCUUCUUCAGCACAGUCCUGUUAGUUCUAGUUAUCACUAAUAUGGCCCGGAAGAGAAUUCCCCCAGAUGUCCCUAUCAUGCUCAACAUCCUGCAUCAUCUUGUACCCCCAGCUUUGAACCCCAUUGUCUAUGGUGUGAGAACCAAGGAGAUCAAGCAGGGAAUACUGAAACUUCUCAGAAGGUUAUAA